AUGGCAUCAGGUGCUGUGGCCAAGUGUGUUUUGUUGGUCAUCGGGUGUCUCAGCGCGAGUACCCUAGCGGCGAAUAUUCUUUACAUUAACACGGUCGCAUCUCCAAGCCAUUUUGGAUGGAACCGUGCGCUAAUGUACGCACUGGCUGAUGAAGGUCACAACCUGACCGUGUUCGGUGUGGACAGCGAUAAGAACCCCCCGCCAAAUGUGACCUUCAUCUUGCUCGAGGAUGUGUACAAGAAGCUGUACAGUGAUGAGGCAUUGGAAACCGACUUCUUCGAGAUAAACAAAAUGAGCUCCUUCGCGAUGCUGAAAAUGUUCAACGAAUAUUUAGUGGGGACCUGCAAGAUCGUCCUCGAAUCUGGUGGCGCCAAGCGACUGUACGAGUAUCCGGCAGAUUUCGGUUUCGACCUAAUCGUGCACGACUACCUUAGUGCGCCUUGUUUGACCGCACUGGCGCACCAUCGCUUCGGGAAGCCACCCCUAGUGGCCGUCACUGCGUAUCACGCGCCCUCUACAACGGCGUAUAUGUCCGGUGCCUAUCAAUACUCGGCACUAGUGCCUAACCACGCGUACGACGCCAUGGAAGAAAUGACCUACUGCCAACGGUUUAUGAACUUCCUGCUCAACAUGUGGGAGGAGUUGCUCCAAACGUACGACAUGUUAAAUGCGUCCACUCAGUUGCUACGACAGUACGAACCAAACCUGCCUGACGUGGCCGAAUUCAACCGCGAAACGAAAGUGAUCCUGCUCAACGCUGACCCUAUAAUUCAGUUCACCGAACCACUGAUGCCGAACGUUAUCCCCGUCGGAGGACUGCAGAUCAUUAAGCCUAAGCCACUGCCGGAUGAUCUGGCAAAACUACUCGAGCAAGCGCCACCCGGUGGAGUUGUCCUCUUCUCUCUAGGCACGAACGUACGCAGUGAUACCCUCGGUGUGGCCCGUAUAACGGCUAUCCUCGAUGCGAUGGAGGCCCUACCCGAGUAUCACUUCAUAUGGAAGUUCGAGUCCGAUUCGAUGCCACGCGCUUUGCCACCGAACGUACACCUGCGCAAAUGGCUGCCACAGAACGACCUGCUGGCUCAACCAAAGGUACGCCUGUUUAUCACACACAGCGGUCUACUCAGCACCCAGGAGGCCAUCUGGCACGGAGUCCCGAUCAUCGGUUUUCCAGUAUUCGCCGAUCAGUUCAAGAACAUCAACUACUGCAUGGCCAAGGGCGUCGGAAAGCGGCUCAGUAUUACGGAUAUCAACACGAAGGAACUCGUGGACACAAUUCGGGAAAUUAUGACGAAAGAAAGCUAUCGUAUCAACAUGAAACGAAUGUCUGAACUGUUCCGUGACCAACCGGAACAUCCUCUAGAACGUGCCGUUUGGUGGGUCAACUGGGUUCUCCGGCAUCCGGAUUCAACAGAAUUGCUUACGCACGGCACACGUCUCCACUGGUUCGCUAAGUACUCGUACGACGUGUUGGUUCCACUUUUGGUCGCCAUCGCUAUUGUCUGUCAUCUUGUUAUCUUCACCGUACGUCGGGUCUUUUUUGGCCGCAAAACUGUCUCCAAAGGAGAAAAACAGAAAAGAUCAUAAACGGGAAUAGGUACUCGAAUGUAAUUUCGGCACGAUAACUUCAUUGAAUAAAAAUUGCACCAAUU